AUGGAGUCUGUCAAGAAGUCCACGGCUCUCCUCGAAGCUCUGAACAAGAAGCAUAUUGUCAUGGCUGGCAUGUUGGCUACAGCAGGCGCUGAUGUGGACAUCGCCCCCAAUACAUCGAACAUUCCCGUCUUCCUUGCGCUGAAGAGCAACUGGUUUGACAUUUUCAAGUUGAUGGUUUCCGUCGGUAAUGCGAAUUUGACCGUGGUAAAUGAGAAUGGCCAUGGGUUGCUCACAGAAGCCGCACGACUGAACGACAUCGAUAUGGUGGAAUCUUUGAUGUCUUAUUCGUCUCGUCUCGGCACAAGGAGUCCUGAGAAGAGCACCCCUUUACACCAAGCUAUUCUCCACAACAAUCUAACCAUGUUCUCCAUGCUUCUGGAAAGCUCGCACACAUCUCCAAAUGCGCCUUGUGAGGGAAACCAGACGCCGUUGGAUCUGGCGUGCGAAAGGGGAGCCACGAGCUUUGUGGCCGCCCUCUUGGACGAUGGCCGAAUGAACCGGCAGUUACCUACCAAAGAUAAGGGAUGCCUUGUGCUGCGGGCACUCAAGAUGCGCCUCUACUAG